AAAUUGUCAAGAAUGAAGAAAUCAAGGAAGCAAUUGCAAAUUGUUGCAAAGGAGUUUCUCCCUUCUCCAAAAUGCGGUUGUCCAAAUCCCAAUCAAACGCAAUGACUGAGGUCUAUUUUAAAAUUGGUCAAAUUCUAAUACGAGAUCAAAACACAGAAAAAAUGAACUAAAACAAGAUAAUAAUUGUUGAUUAGAAAGAAUUUCCAACUUUUUAGGAGUCAUCAAUCAGUUGAUAGAUAUUUUCCAAGUGGGUUCUUUAAUCGGGUUCGGGUAUACAAAAAAGAAGCAAAAAUUCUUAUUCUUUAAUUUCAUCCUCGUCUUCAAUUUCGAUCCACAAUUUACAAUCCCUAAUAUCAAUUCUUUUCUCUCUCCUCUCAAGAAUCCCAAAUUUCUUCCCCUUUUUUACCUUUUGACCGACACUAAUUUCUUCGCCGCCGGUUAUUAAUCACCGGCAGAGUCAGUGACACUUCAAAAUUUUGCUGGGUUAUUAAUUCAAUCUUUUUCCCUUUUUACCCAACUUUCGAUUUUUGAAAACCCUAACUUUGCAUUUUUCGCCCAACCCCUGAUCAAAUUUGAGGAGACAAUUUUAUUUGCAAUUGUCGGUUUCUGAUUUGAAUUUUUAACUUUUGGAAAGGGGGUUUGGAUUGUAUGUCUGGAUUUUAUUGGUAGUUUAGCAAUGGAGGAUUUAGGAAAUUUAUUAGUUGAAGAAUUGAAUAUAUAUCAUUGGGAAAAAGUGAUUGCUGAAAAAUAGUAGUUCCCUGUUUUUUUUUUUGCCUCUUUAAAGUUGUGUGAUAAAAGAUGCUGAAUUGUAGCAGUAAUGGCAAUAUUCAAGGGAGUUUGAAGCAAAAUUGCAGUGUUCUUGCAGUUGUUUGUGAUAGUAAGGUUGGGAUAGGCGAAACCAAGGAUCGAUUAAGGUAUCCUUUUCCUGAGCUAGCAUCUUCUAGCCGGUUAGAGAUCAGGACAUUGAAAAACCCAAGCUUGGAUGAGUUUGGAAGAACCCUUGAAUCAUGGAAGCCAAACAUGGUGUAUUUACAAGGGCAGCUAUUGCCAAAUGAUGAAAUUGGGUCCUUAGUGUGGGAUGGUGUUGUUAUUUCUAAUGUUGAAGUGGUGGCUGAGGUUUUUAGUCAUGUAUUGCCUACCAUGGUUUAUCUAGAGAUCCCAAAUGCUGAAAUGUUGGCAGACGCUAUUCAUUCUAAGGGAGUUCCAUAUGUCAUAUUAUGGCAGAAUGCAUUUACUAGUUUUGCUGCUGCUCAUUUCCGGCACGCAUUUUUUUCAGUUGUACAGAGUUCCCCAUGCCAUACCUGGGAUGCUUUCCAACUGGCACAUGCAUCAUUUAGACUUCAUUGCAUCCGAAACAAUUCUGUGCUUCCACGAAACAGCCAAAAGUCUGGUGGUAAACUUGGUCCUUCUCUUCUCGGCGAGGCUCCUAUCAUUGAAGUUGGUUUGCCCGAGGUUGAUGAUGGCGAAGAAGAAGAUGACUUUGAAAGUAAUCUAUCUUCUGUAAAGAUCCAUGAUGAUGAUGUGAGCGUGAGAUUUCUGAUAUGUGGGGUUGCAUGCUCAUUGGAUGCAUAUUUGUUGGGAUGCUUGGAAGAUGGACUGAAUGCUCUUUUGGGAAUAGAAAUGCGUGGAAGCAAGCUUCAGAACCGUUUUAGUGCCCCACCGCCACCACAGCAGGCAGCAACAUUCUCACGUGGUGUUGUGACCAUGAAAUGUGAUAUUUCUACGUGUACCGCAGCUCAUAUCUCUCUUUUGGUGUCUGGAAGUGCACAGACUUGUUUUGAUGAUCAGCAAUUGGAAAAACAUAUAAAGAAGGAGGCCGUUGAAAGAAAUCAGCUCAUACAGGCAAUAUCUUCUUUCGAAGAAAAUAAACCACCUUCGUUUGAGCCUCGAACAUCCGUCUCAAUUGCUUGUGGAGCAACAGUUUUUGAAGUAUGCUUGAAAGCACCUUCUUGGACCCUGCAGGUAUUGCGGCAGCUAGCACCCGAAAGUUCUUACCGUAGUCUGGUAGCCCUUGGUGUUGCAAGCAUUCAAGGACUGGCUGUUGCUUCAUUUCAGAAAGAUGACGCUGAACGCCUUCUGUUUUUCUGUACGAGAAAAGAUAAAGAUCAGCAUCCACUUAACAGUGAUCUCAUUACUCCACCGAGUUGGUUGAGACCACCCCCUCCAAGCAGAAAGAUUUCUGAACGAGGUGAAGGAUCAAGCCCUUGUUCACAUAACAGUUUGCUUUCUGAAAAUCAAGUGGGUAUGAAAAGAUCUAAGCUGGAAGAUAAAGAAACUCGAUGUUUUAAUGGGGCUUAUACUCCUGUUGCACCCAUCCGGCAUAAGUUAAAUGUAGCGGCAAUGAGGCCCAUACCUCAAACUAAGAUACCCUUUUCGGGCAUAGUGCCCACAGAUAAUUAUGACACAGGACAAGUUAAACCUAGUUUGCCUACUGUUCCACUAACAAAGAAUAGUGUCUUUGCAUUAAGUGCUGCACCAAACAGAAGAGCUUCAAAUGCAUAUCAGACCAAGCCGAUUAUAACUUUAAAUUCGAUUCCUCUGAAGAAACAUGGUUGUGGUAGACCACCUAUCCAGUUAUGCUCUGAGGAGGAAUUCUUGAAAGAUGUUAUGCAAUUUCUUCUUCAUCGUGGGCACACUCGGCUCAUUCCUCAAGGUGGGCUUGCAGAGUUCCCCGAUGCCAUCCUCAACUCUAAGCGGCUGGAUGUAUACAACUUGUAUAGAGAGGUUGUUUCAAGAGGAGGCUUUCAUGUCGGUAACGGCAUCAAUUGGAAAGGGCAAGUUUUCUCCAAGAUGCGGAACUAUACUGCCACGAAUAAAAUGACCGGUGUUGGAAACACACUUAAACGACAUUACGAAACUUACCUGUUGGAAUAUGAAUUAGCACACGACGACGUAGAUGGAGAAUGCUGCUUACUUUGCCACAGUAGUGCAGCUGGUGACUGGGUGAAUUGUGGUAUAUGCAAAGAGUGGGCCCACUUUGGUUGUGAUAGACGGCAAGGUCUUGGCGCUUUCAAGGAUUAUGCAAAAACAGAUGGAUUGGAGUAUAUAUGUCCACAUUGCAGUGUGACAAAUUUCAGGAAUAAGUUGCACAAGCCCUCAAAUGGAUAUUCAGAGGGCUUAACGUAUUCAAGACAUGUGUGAUAAUAUUAUAAUUAUUUUCUAAUUUCUAUUCAUUUAGUGAGGGUUUUUUUGGUAUCCCAUGGUUGAUAAAUUAAGGCAGCCUUUGGAGAUAUAUGGGAAUCUGUAGAAUAUGCAGGCAGUACACACAGGAUUGAAAACUAAUAUUCGAGGAAGAGAAGAAGCUCAAAAGCUUCAUCGCGACACAACUUUUGGAUCGUAAAUCAUAAUGUUUAGUUGGUUAUGUUUUCCUUUUACGAGGAGGUGCCACGAGCUAAUACUAUGGCGGUUGGCGCCUUGGCGGAGUUCAUUUAAAUGGAAAGGUAUGGAGGAGAGGUUUAGUGUAAAAUAAUUAGAGGAAACGAUUGUAUGUAGGUAGAUGACGAUUGUAUGUAGGUAGAUGUAGCAUCAUCAAAGCGAUGCAUCUUUUGAUUCUUAAUGUUGAUAAUGGUGUUCCUGUGCCCAACAACACUGUAAACUGUACAGUGCCUUAUCUUCAUUGUCACCAUUUUUUGUUAAUAUUAAUAUUAAUAUUAAUUGACGUCUCCCACGGUUAACUAUGCUUUAAGAAGUCAUGUUCCUUCGAGCACUAGCCUUCAGACUAUCAAUAGAAUUCAGAGUAAUAGACAUCGGAUGUACUACGAAAUAAAUAUAUUUUAUUUGCCUAUUAGUACUAUAAGGGUUUUAUUAUAUACUUCCUACGUUUUAAAAUAUUUGCACCAUAUAUAUUUUUGCAUAAUUCGACGCGUUUGUU